AUGAGCCGCGCAUCACCGUGGACGCCGGCAAACCUCCAACCAGAUUGUCGCGAGGAUAAGAAGAGGAGAUUACCCCAAGGUCACAUCGGAGAGAUAAGCAGCAGCAGAUCAGCACAUGAAGAUCUUGACGACUUGUUUGCGUCGCUGUCGAUCGACAGCACCCUCGCUCAAGAAAAUUCAGGAGACCGUCCCAAGGAUAGGAAGAGAAAAUCAUGCCAAGAAAAUGCUGGAAAUUUGACUAACGCUUUACCGGAUGAUGUUUUGGAAAACAUGUUUGCGGCGCUUUCGAUCGAUUCUAGAGUGACAAGUACUGCUUCCACGAGAUCGGGAAAAGGAUCUUUUAUUAUUCUUGAUGACAAUAUUCUUGCUGGAGGUAAUUCAGAUUGCACCACUUCCACUGACUCUAGCAGGCCAAGAUCAGAGGUAUUCAUUGAAAUGGCAAAUGACCUGUUGCUGCGCCAUGAUGGAACUGGUGUUCGAGUGUUCGAGGUUUGUUUUGAUUUGAACUCCACUCAUGCUGCCCACCUUGACAAAUGGGUCCAGUUUGCGUCAGAGGCGGGUGCACAAGAUGUGAAACUCAGCUUGUGUAAAAACAUGACAUCUUGUCCGGAGCAUUUGGUGACUGCAAAUCGCUAUAACUUCCCUUUGCAUUGCUUUGGCGAUGGGCGACAAAGAUCCUCGAUGCGGAAGCUAGACCUGACGAAUUGCAUAUUCACGCCACCGCUGGAUUCCAGUGCCUUUUCCUCCCUUGUAUGCCUUUAUCUAGUGCGUGUCACAAUAACCGACUCCGGCGUCCAGAACAUUUGCUCUUGCUGCCCUAUUCUCCGCCAUUUGAGACUGGCACAAUGCGACGAUCUGGUUAAUGUAAGGAUUACCCAUGAAGUGCUGAUAUGUUUGGAUGUAUUUCGUUGCAAAAAGCUGGCGAGUGUUGAGAUUCACGCCACCUGCCUACUCAUCUUCGAGUAUGAUGAGCAUGAGGUACACAUCAAUUAUGCUAGUACCCCCAGUAUGAGGCUUUUGGGAAAUACGUUCAAGAACCGAAAUGGUUAUCUUUCGGACGGUGUAGAAGCCAUGAAAAGGAUCAGAAAAAUCACCUUGACAUUUCUUUGGCCAUGGGAGAAGCCCAAUUAUACACUUUACGCGAUCAAAUUCCCAGCAAUACAGUUCAUCAACCUAUUUAUUGUGCCAUCUUGGAAUAAUGUUCGUGGAGUAGCUUAUCUCGUCAAGGCAACUCCUUAUCUUAAAAGACUCCGGCUAGAAGCACGCAGCGGAGACCACCAUUACCGGGACGACGUCCAGGUCAGCUGGCCCGAGGGCAUCUCUCUCAAGAGGCUCCGUUUCAUCACCGUGGGCGGUUUCGCCGCCCAGGCCCCGCUGGUCGAGCUCUUGGUGUGCAUGGUGCACGCAGGCGCCCGGUCGAGGAGGACGUAUCUCCAGAUCGACCCGCACCACCAUCUCUGCCAAGGCCUGGGCAGGUGGGUCAGGGAGGACGUCGGCGACAAGCCUGCGAGGGACCGCGCGAGGGAGGCCGCCAAGGAGACCCUCAGCUCCAGGCUCCCGCCGUCCGUGAAGCUCGUCAUCAAAUGA